CUGAGUUGCGGAUCUGUUUGCCUACCAUUGUUUAUCCAGUUCUCGUGCCGUCUAUGUCAUGGACCAGUUUGGUUCAAGAGAUUAUUUGUCAUUGUCACACUCGCGUUCCCUAAUUCCAGAAGGCCGGGGGAACAUGUCAACCACGAGUAUACAACGAGCAGUGCAGAAGGUUUUGGCGAGGCGUGCUGCCUACCCGCUUUCUUUUAGCAUGCUCCUGUUCUACGGGGGCCUCUUCACACUGCGCCAGGUGAUGUUUACUCUCGUUUGCAACGUAUUCCACGUGAUGCUCCCGAUCGAGUUGAUCCCGGAAGCGGUGAUCUUGACAUGUUUCAUAAUUUCUUACACCGCAGGGUGGAUUCCCAGCGUGAAGACCGUAAUCACCAGCAAGUCGUCGAUCGUCAAGGUUGCGCCCAAUGGUGGGCACGAUGCCAGCCCUGCGGCCCUGAAUUGGAGAAGCGUGUCGCCGCACAAGCGUUGCCAUGGAGGUUCCGAGUAUUCACGAGAUCUAGUUGGACACACUGUGCAAACUGAGAGCAUCGCUCUCCAGAUUCCGACACUCUCCGACAUGAUGCAUUCUUGCGUCAGGUUCGGACAAGUGGACAGAGCACUCAAGUUGUUCGACCAGAUGCUGGAGGAAGGCGUCGGUCACGACGCACACCUCAUCGCCAAAGCCACGGUCGACAAGUUCUUCCUUCUGGUCGCCGACAACCUCUGUGUCAUGCGCAUGCGGAACGACGGGCUGGCGCUACUCGAUAUAGUUCGAGCUUGCGGUCUUGAGCCGUCUUCAACAAUCCAGAACCGCUUGAUUAUCGCAUGGAAAAGCAAACCUCCGAGGAGGGUCGUGCAGUAUCUCCUGAAGAUGAAGAGUGAAGGGUUCGAACUCAGCCGGAUGGCUCAAUUCUCCAUUAUCAUAUCUUGCGAGCGGUCGAGUCCAGAGGUGACGGUGACGUUGUGCGAUGAGAUGGAUGAUCUAGGAAUGAAAUUUGACAAGGUGGCGUAUAAUGCAUUAUUGGGUGCUUGCUGUCAGCUUGGCAUGUACGACCAAGUUGGGCUGCUAUUCGCGCAGAUGGCCGAUCGCGGAUUGACACCCGAUUUAAAGACUUACCGCAUCAUGAUCAACGCCAACGUACAGUCUAACCGUUUCGAGGAGGCCGUCGCCCUCUUGGAGAGGAUGAAGGGCCUGCGCCUGAAGCUUCACCCGCAAGAUUACCACAACGCAAUCACACAUUGCAUCAGUUUGCAGCGCGUGGAAGACGCAGAAGUGCUGUUCAGCGAUAUGGUUCAGGCGAAUGUGACCCCCCUCGAACGCACUAUCGUCUGUUUGGGAGAAGCACGUCACAUGCGUGGAUCAAGCUGUUCGGGAAUCUAGGUCAUCACGCGGCGUCAAGGCGCCAUGGCCGACGAGAGUUCCCGAUCAGGAGGGGCAAGCCAAGCCAUAUUCGGUACCGCUGCGACAAGCCAGGAUUUCGAGUUCUUGGGUCGCUGUCGCGUCCGAGCUCGUAGAUAGGUGGCAAAGUGACCACAGCCGCUUCUGCGUGUCGCGCAAAACUCACGCCGAUCUCGCCGAACAAAAGCCCCACAGCGUUCAAGUUCGCGUGAGCAGCCCAGUCUUUAUCAGAAUUUGUCAGGCAAUGCGCUCUCGGUAGUGGAUGAGGCUAGAGCGUUACUCGUACUGCCCCUCUCUGGGGCGUAUGCCCCAGCGCAUUGUAGCAUUGUUGGAUGAACUAUUUGUUUGCAUUUGCACUUGCGGAUGUGGUGAGCCCUCUGUCGUUCCCUAGCCCUGCCGGAGGUCUUACUGGGAGCUUCUUGUGAGCUCCUCAAGCUCUCUUGAUGACAGUUCUUGGGAACCUUCGGCCGUCUUGUGUCUGUUUUGGGGCAUCAUGCUGCCGUCGCAAACGGGGUCGGCCCUCGAGUAUUGCAGAAACGUUGCAGGGCAGUCAACAGGCACCCACCCCGCCGCCACCAUUGCAUACGUUUGAUAACUUUUUAGGUGCGGCCCAGCGUCUCAUCCCUGUGGGGCCAGGUCUCACCCUCCUUCAGUGCCACAGUCCGGCAGCGCAAGCUGCCCACAGCAUGCGCGAGUUUGGCGUGCAGGCGGCAGCUCCCUCACUGGACCUCUUGUCCGGAUCGCGUUUGUGUUUAUCCGCGUCGGCAUUUCUUGCAGGCCUGAUCUUGCACUCAAUCAGCAGGGGUAUACCGGAUGAGGCUAGGACGAGUACAAAUCCGUUCCAGAGCGUUCCAGAACGCGCUCAGGGCGUUCAGGAACGCUCCGAGAAGGACGCGACGCCCGAUACACCCUCCAGAGCUGGAGGAUCUCAGAGAUUGUGAAGGUCGUACGGCCAGUGCUGCCGACCCAAAAGGACGACGACAACCACAACCACGACGACAACCACAGCGACGAGCUGAUGACCCUGCCACAGGUCAGGCUGUCUUGCCCUGAUGCUGUGCUUCGAGGCACUGCUCCUGCGUUUUUGUCCAUGCUCCGUAAACCGAGUAUUCCCACGUGAACCUCACUCUCAUCUUCCCCGUUGUCCCCUACCUGACAGCUCGUUGGCUGCUUUCGUGCUUCUCUUCCUCGUUCUGAAUGCUGUGCUCUUCCCGCCCGAAGUGGCGUUAUGCUGGCAGUAUGAGCUCCAGCGAAUGUGUUCAGUUUUUGACAGUGUUCUCGUUGCCUGUCAAUGGAGGAGGCCUGGCCGCCAAUCCAAAGAUCCUUGCCGCCCCAGUCCAAUCCUGGCACGAUGUUCCCUUCGGGUGUUUCUGUCGCGCUUGUGUAGGUACAUAGUUUCCAAUUCAUGGGGAUGAGACUCGCCCUCAUCUGCGGCGUCAGUUCGGAGCUCGGUUUCAGAUGAGUUUGACAUUUUGACUUGACUGCCUUUCUUGGGGUCUCGCGCAUCCUGCUCCUCCUCCGCCAUUCCCUCCAUACGCCUGCCAAUCCUUUAGUUCACGUUCAUGUCAGAAUCCAGGCUCCUGGAGCAAG